AUGAGACGGUUGAAUUGGGAUGAGACGAUUCGCGGGGAUCGAAUGAACCACUCGUUGAGCGACUCAGCAAUGGAUCCCGACGUAGAUAUGUCGAAGAGAAUACGACGAUUGAUUCCCGAACAGAUACAGGAUAAAGUGUCGAUGUUUCUCUUCCUCGUCAUAUUGCCACUUCUCUUCACUGCGGUUUUCUUCCUCGUUCUUACCACAUGGUAUCCAGCUUUUGGAGAAGCUUGGAUGAUACGAGUGAUUCCAAUCAUCGCUUUACUCUUCAACAUGUAUCUCAACUACAUUCAAGUAAUUCGAGUUGGACCAAAUGGAAACGACUCACUUUUGCCAAAAACUUACAGGGCUGGGUUUGUGUUCUGCCCACAUUGUCGAAUGAAUGCUCCACCGAGAACACACCAUUGCCCAGUUUGCAACGUAUGUUCCCUUCGUCGGGAUCAUCACUGCUCAUUUGCUGCGACAUGUAUUGGUCACUUCAAUCAGCGAUAUUUCUGUGCGGCAAUUCUCGAUUUGUUCAUGGCGGCUCUACCAGCAUUUUAUUGGACUUGGUCGUGGAUGUGGCUCGAAUUGGGAACGCCAAGUGUUGGACGUAUGUGGCAAUUGAUGAUGCCUCAUGUUGCUCUUGUUUUAAGAUUUUUGUCGCUCCGUGAAUUCUGCUACGUGGGUCUUUGUGCGGUGAUGUUAACAACUACCGGCUUCAAUCUUUACCUCAUCCUUGCCCAAGCUUUCUGCUUCUGGAGAGGGCAAACACGAGUCGAAUAUCUUUUGGACAUUCACGCAUAUCAACUCGGCCUUUUGGGAAACCUUCGACAAGGAUUGGGUACUCGAUGGUAUCUCAUUUGGUUGAGUCCAUUCAUCUCUUCUCCACUUGAAAGCAAUGGGCAAUCGUACAAAACGAGAGAAAUGGAGAAAUUCUCCCAUUCGGCCAAAAGUUUG